AUGAUUCCGGUCUUUGUUUUUCCGAAUGCUUUGCGUUUUUCCCGACGGAUGCGCGCGAUAUCCAUCUCUUUGUACAAUCCAUACGACUUUGCGCUUCGUUUUCAAAUUUUGGCCACAAAUCCGACGUCUUUUUCGUUAUCGUCUUCGGAAGGAGUGGUCAGAGCGCGACAUUGUCUCGAUAUAGCCGUUCGACUAACACGUGACACAAUUACUACCGAAAAGUUUUUAAUCACAGUUCGCGAAACGGAAGGCGCGCGACGUCACGGCCAGAGACAACUGGACGUCACUUUUGGCGCCGAAGACGACGUCCCGGACGACGACGCAUUUGCACCGCUGCCGUCGGUCGCUGCGUCCCUUUCCGACGUACCCUUCAAUGGAACAGUCAAUCACUCGUCGAAUCCAAUGCUUUCUGCCAUUGCGGCCAUUGUUUGUCUCGUUCUUUUGAUGUUACCUACAGAGACAUCAACAGACAGUCGAUGGCCAGUGAUUAUCGGCGAAACUCACAAAUUGGUGGUGGCUUAUGUUUUGGGGAUUUUAACCGUUUUGUUGGUCAGAAAUGGACAAUAAAUCGAAAAAUCAAAACUUUUCUAAUUUUUUAUUCUUCGAUCGCUUGCGAAACGCUUUUUCCGAUUCAAUCGGAUCUCGACUUCGGAUUCAAUCGGAUCUCGACUUUGGAUUCAAUCGGAUCUUGACUUUGGAUUCAAUCGGAUCUCGACUUCGGCCAAAAUGUCAGAAUCUGAAGACGUUUUUAAUGAUUUUGUUU